AUGUGGAGUGGGAAUCCACAAGAUAUGUGGGGGAACACUGGUGCGGAUGUUAAUAUGGGGAAUGUGGCGCCUCCGCCCCCGGGGAUACCACCACCGGCGCCGUUAAUGCCGCCUGGAACUAGUGGAGCUCCGGGAGCUGUUGGUCCUCCGCCUCUCCCUCCACCGCCUUCGUAUACUGUUUUGCCAACUGAGGCGCAGCUGGAGGAGAAAGCGAGGAAGUGGAUGCAACUUAACUCGAAGCGGUAUAGUGAUAAGAGGAAGUUUGGAUUUGUUGAAACACAGAAAGAAGAUAUGCCGCCCGAGCAUGUGAGGAAGAUUAUUAGAGAUCAUGGUGAUAUGUCAUCCAAGAAGUAUCGUCAUGAUAAGCGUGUAUAUUUGGGAGCAUUGAAGUUUGUUCCUCAUGCUGUUUACAAACUUCUUGAGAACAUGCCAAUGCCUUGGGAGCAGGUCCGGGAUGUGAAGGUGCUGUACCAUAUUACUGGUGCCAUAACGUUUGUCAACGAAAUACCAUGGGUUGUUGAACCUAUAUAUUUAGCACAGUGGGGUACCAUGUGGAUUAUGAUGCGUAGGGAGAAGAGGGAUCGGCGCCAUUUCAAGAGAAUGCGGUUCCCGCCUUUCGAUGAUGAGGAACCUCCGCUUGAUUAUGCUGAUAACAUUUUAGAUGUGGAUCCUUUAGAGCCGAUUCAGUUAGAGCUGGAUGAGGAAGAAGAUUCUGCUGUAUACACUUGGUUUUAUGAUCAUAAGCCUCUAGUAAAAACUAAGCUUAUUAAUGGACCAAGUUACAGGAAAUGGCAUUUGUCUCUCCCGAUUAUGGCAACUCUUCAUCGCCUUGCUGGACAGCUUCUGUCGGAUCUAAUUGAUCGCAAUUACUUCUACUUAUUUGAUAUGGAGUCCUUUUUUACUGCCAAAGCACUCAACAUGUGCAUUCCUGGUGGCCCAAAGUUCGAGCCAUUGUAUCGAGACAUGGAGAAAGGAGAUGAAGACUGGAAUGAGUUUAAUGAUAUUAACAAGCUCAUAAUUAGGUCACCCCUAAGGACAGAAUACAGAAUUGCUUUCCCUCAUCUGUAUAACAAUAGACCCCGAAAGGUUAAGCUUGGAGUUUACCAUACCCCGAUGGUAAUGUACAUAAAGACCGAGGAUCCAGAUCUACCUGCCUUUUAUUAUGAUCCUCUUAUUCACCCUAUCACCAGCACCGGUAAGGAUAGGCGGGAGAAAAAACAGUUGGAAGAGGAUGAUGAUGACGACUUCUCUUUGCCUGAAGGGGUUGAGCCGCUACUCAAAAGUACUCCUCUCUAUACUGAUACCACCGCUGCUGGUAUUUCCCUUCUGUUUGCUCCACGCCCUUUUAACAUGAGAUCUGGUCGCAUGCGGCGUGCUGAAGAUAUACCUCUUGUGUCUGAGUGGUACAAGGAACACUGUCCUCCAUCAUAUCCUGUCAAAGUUCGGGUGAGUUAUCAGAAACUUCUCAAAUGCUUUGUUCUGAAUGAGCUGCAUCACAGGCCGCCCAAGGCUCAAAAAAAGAAACAUCUGUUCCGGUCUCUUGCAGCGACCAAGUUCUUCCAAACUACAGAACUUGAUUGGGCUGAAGCUGGUUUACAAGUUUGUAAACAGGGAUACAAUAUGCUGAAUCUGCUGAUUCACAGGAAGAAUUUGAACUACUUACAUCUGGACUACAAUUUUAAUCUAAAGCCUGUGAAGACACUGACUACCAAGGAGAGAAAAAAGUCCCGUUUUGGUAAUGCCUUUCAUCUAUGUCGUGAGAUACUGCGUUUGACAAAGCUUGUGGUUGAUGCUAACAUCCAGUUCCGUUUGGGAAAUGUCGAUGCGUUUCAGUUGGCCGAUGGGCUGCAAUAUAUUUUUUCACAUGUUGGGCAGUUGACUGGAAUGUACAGAUACAAAUACAGGCUUAUGCGGCAGAUAAGAAUGUGUAAGGACUUGAAGCACUUGAUUUACUAUCGAUUUAAUACUGGGCCUGUUGGGAAAGGACCUGGAUGUGGUUUCUGGGCUCCCAUGUGGAGAGUAUGGUUGUUCUUCCUCCGCGGAAUUGUUCCUCUUCUUGAAAGAUGGUUGGGCAAUUUACUGGCACGACAGUUUGAGGGACGUCAUUCCAAAGGGGUUGCUAAAACUGUAACAAAGCAACGUGUUGAAAGUCACUUUGAUUUGGAGCUUCGUGCUGCUGUAAUGCAUGAUGUUCUUGAUGCUAUGCCAGAAGGUAUUAAGCAGAACAAGGCUAGAACAAUCUUGCAACACUUGAGCGAAGCAUGGCGUUGUUGGAAAGCUAAUAUCCCAUGGAAAGUCCCUGGUUUGCCUGUUCCAAUUGAGAACAUGAUUCUUCGUUAUGUCAAGUCGAAAGCUGACUGGUGGACGAAUGUGGCUCAUUACAAUCGUGAACGUAUACGAAGAGGUGCAACUGUGGAUAAAACUGUUUGUCGGAAGAACCUAGGAAGGUUGACGCGGCUUUGGCUGAAAGCGGAGCAAGAGCGUCAACACAAUUAUCUGAAAGAUGGUCCAUAUGUGACCCCAGAAGAAGCUGUAGCUAUUUAUACUACCACUGUGCAUUGGUUGGAAUCUAGAAAGUUCACUCCUAUCCCAUUUCCUCCUCUUUCAUACAAGCAUGAUACAAAACUUCUUAUCCUUGCACUUGAAAGGUUGAAGGAGUCAUACAGUGUGGCGGUGCGGUUAAAUCAGCUACAGCGAGAAGAGUUAGGUCUCAUUGAGCAAGCUUACGAUAAUCCUCACGAGGCUCUCUCACGUAUUAAGCGUCAUCUUCUCACCCAACGUCAGUUCAAAGAAGUUGGCAUUGAGUUCAUGGAUUUGUAUAGCUAUUUGAUACCUGUUUAUGAGAUUGAACCUCUUGAAAAGAUCACAGAUGCUUAUCUGGAUCAGUAUCUAUGGUAUGAAGGUGACAAGCGACAUCUGUUUCCAAAUUGGAUAAAGCCAGCAGAUUCAGAGCCACCUCCUUUACUCGUCUAUAAAUGGUGCCAGGGCAUAAAUAACUUGCAAGAUAUAUGGGACACUAGUGAAGGGCAGUGUGUUGUGAUGCUCCAAACGAAGUUCGAGAAAUUUUUUGAGAAGAUCGAUUUGACCAUGCUUAACAGGCUUCUUCGGCUUGUGCUUGAUCAUAACAUUGCGGAUUAUGUCACGGCCAAGAACAAUGUUGUGCUCUCUUACAAGGACAUGAGUCAUACGAAUUCUUAUGGUCUAAUCCGUGGACUGCAGUUUGCUUCUUUUGUGGUGCAGUAUUAUGGACUGGUCCUGGAUCUUUUGAUUCUUGGUUUGACUCGAGCUAGUGAGAUUGCAGGUCCACCACAGAUGCCAAAUGAGUUCAUCACUUACUGGGACACUAAAGUUGAAACCAGACACCCUAUAAGGUUGUACUCAAGGUACAUUGAUAAGGUGCAUAUAUUGUUCCGCUUCACUCACGAGGAAGCAAGGGAUCUCAUCCAGCGAUAUCUUACUGAGCAUCCUGAUCCGAACAAUGAGAAUAUGGUUGGCUAUAACAACAAGAAGUGCUGGCCCCGAGAUGCUCGGAUGAGGCUAAUGAAACAUGAUGUCAACCUUGGGAGAAGUGUGUUUUGGGAUAUGAAGAAUCGUCUUCCCAGAAGUAUAACAACAUUGGAAUGGGAGAACAGCUUUGUUUCUGUGUACAGUAAGGACAAUCCCAACUUGCUUUUUAGUAUGUGCGGGUUUGAGGUUCGUAUUCUACCGAAGAUAAGAAUGACUCAGGAGGCAUUCAGUAAUACAAGAGAUGGCGUGUGGAACUUGCAGAACGAGCAAACAAAAGAGCGUACUGCUGUUGCUUUCUUACGUGUUGAUGAUGAGCAUAUGAAAGUGUUUGAGAAUCGUGUUAGGCAGAUUCUUAUGUCAUCAGGUUCUACUACAUUCACCAAGAUUGUCAACAAAUGGAAUACAGCUUUAAUAGGCCUCAUGACGUAUUUCCGUGAAGCUACUGUUCAUACACAGGAAUUGUUAGACUUAUUGGUAAAAUGCGAAAACAAAAUCCAAACCCGAAUCAAGAUUGGAUUGAACUCGAAAAUGCCAAGCAGGUUUCCCCCUGUUAUAUUUUACACUCCGAAAGAAAUUGGUGGGUUGGGAAUGCUAUCAAUGGGUCACAUUCUUAUUCCACAGAGUGAUCUACGCUAUAGUCAGCAGACAGAUGUUGGUGUCACACAUUUUAGGAGUGGUAUGAGUCACGAGGAAGAUCAGUUGAUUCCAAAUCUUUAUCGCUACAUACAGCCUUGGGAGAGUGAGUUCAUUGACUCCCAAAGAGUUUGGGCUGAAUAUGCAUUAAAAAGACAAGAAGCUCAGGCACAGAAUCGGCGGUUGACUCUUGAAGACCUUGAGGAUUCAUGGGACCGUGGGAUUCCUAGGAUCAACACGUUGUUCCAGAAGGACAGGCACACCCUUGCAUAUGACAAAGGAUGGAGAGUGAGAACAGAUUUUAAGCAAUAUCAAGUUUUGAAGCAGAACCCAUUCUGGUGGACCCACCAGAGGCAUGAUGGAAAGCUAUGGAACUUGAACAAUUAUAGAACUGAUGUUAUUCAAGCGCUAGGGGGAGUCGAAGGAAUAUUGGAGCAUACCUUAUUUAAGGGGACAUAUUUUCCUACAUGGGAGGGUCUUUUCUGGGAGAAGGCAUCUGGCUUUGAGGAAUCCAUGAAAUAUAAGAAGCUGACUAAUGCACAGAGAUCUGGGCUCAACCAGAUUCCGAAUCGUAGAUUUACACUGUGGUGGUCUCCUACCAUUAAUCGGGCCAAUGUCUAUGUUGGUUUCCAAGUACAGCUGGAUCUGACGGGAAUUUUUAUGCAUGGAAAGAUACCAACUCUCAAGAUAUCUCUGAUACAAAUAUUCCGAGCCCACUUGUGGCAGAAGAUUCAUGAGAGUGUUGUCAUGGAUCUUUGCCAGGUCUUGGAUCAAGAACUUGAUGCUCUAGAAAUUGAGACCGUGCAGAAGGAAACUAUCCAUCCCAGGAAAAGUUAUAAGAUGAACAGUUCGUGUGCUGAUAUACUCCUGUUUGCUGCUCAUCGAUGGCCCAUGUCAAAGCCUAGUCUUGUUGCUGAGUCAAAGGAUGUGUUUGAUCAGAAAGCUAGCAACAAGUACUGGAUAGAUGUUCAGCUUCGUUGGGGUGAUUAUGACUCCCAUGAUAUUGAACGUUACACAAGGGCGAAAUUCAUGGAUUAUACAACAGACAACAUGUCUAUAUAUCCUUCCCCUACAGGGGUGAUGAUUGGACUCGAUCUUGCUUACAACUUGCAUUCUGCCUUUGGUAACUGGUUCCCUGGCUCAAAACCAUUGCUUGCGCAAGCCAUGAACAAGAUAAUGAAGUCAAACCCUGCUUUGUAUGUGCUCAGGGAAAGAAUAAGGAAAGGCUUGCAGCUUUAUUCAUCAGAGCCAACAGAGCCUUACCUCUCCUCCCAAAAUUAUGGGGAAAUUUUCAGCAAUCAAAUCAUCUGGUUUGUUGAUGACACUAAUGUUUAUCGGGUCACUAUCCACAAAACUUUUGAGGGGAACCUCACGACAAAGCCUAUUAAUGGUGCAAUUUUCAUCUUCAACCCGAGAACUGGCCAGUUGUUUUUGAAGGUGAUUCACACUAGUGUUUGGGCUGGACAAAAGCGUCUUGGCCAGUUGGCCAAGUGGAAAACAGCUGAAGAAGUUGCUGCCUUGGUGCGCUCAUUACCAGUCGAAGAACAGCCAAAACAGAUUAUCGUUACACGCAAGGGAAUGUUGGAUCCAUUGGAGGUACACUUACUGGACUUCCCGAAUAUUGUUAUAAAGGGGAGUGAGCUUCAAUUGCCUUUCCAGGCUUGUUUGAAGAUUGAGAAGUUCGGGGAUCUGAUAUUGAAGGCAACUGAACCCCAGAUGGUCUUAUUUAACAUAUAUGAUGACUGGCUGAAAAGUAUCUCAUCGUAUACUGCCUUCUCGAGAUUAAUUCUAAUCCUGCGUGCACUUCAUGUGAACAAUGAGAAGGCAAAAAUGUUACUGAAGCCUGACAAGACAAUUGUCACUGAACCACAUCAUAUCUGGCCUUCUCUGACAGAUGAUCAGUGGAUGAAGGUUGAGGUUGCAUUGAGGGAUCUAAUAUUGUCUGAUUAUGCUAAGAAGAACAAUGUGAGUACUUCAGCUCUAACACAGUCAGAGAUACGUGAUAUUAUCCUUGGAGCUGAAAUCACUCCACCAUCCCAGCAGCGGCAACAGAUUGCAGAGAUAGAAAAAACGGCCAAGGAGGCUAACCAGUUAACUGCAGUCACUACGAGAACCACAAAUGUUCAUGGAGAUGAGCUCAUUGUGACGACAACCAGUCCAUAUGAGCAGGAAAUAAUUAGGACUAAGACUGACUGGCGUGUUAGAGCUGUCUCUGCCACAAAUCUGUACCUCCGUGUGAACCACAUAUAUGUGAAUUCUGAAGAUAUUAAGGAAACUGGGUACACUUACAUUAUGCCUAAGAAUGUGUUGAAGAAGUUCAUCUGCAUUGCAGACUUGCGUACACAAAUUGCAGGAUAUUUGUAUGGCAUAAGCCCUCCUGAUAAUCCUCAAGUAAAGGAAAUUCGCUGUAUUGUCAUGCCACCACAGUUGGGAACUCAUCAGCAAGUGAAUUUGCCAUUAGCUCUCCCUGAGCAUGACUUCCUAAAUGAUUUGGAGCCUUUGGGAUGGAUGCACACCCAGCCAAAUGAAUUACCUCAGCUCUCUCCUCAGGACCUAACUAGCCACGCCCGGAUUCUGGAAAACAACAAGCAAUGGGAUGGAGAGAAAUGUAUUAUCUUAACAUGCAGUUUUACUCCAGGUUCCUGCUCAUUAACUGCAUACAAACUGACGCCAUCCGGUUAUGAGUGGGGGCGAGCGAACAAGGAUACUGGGAGCAAUCCUCAUGGUUAUCUGCCAACACAUUAUGAGAAGGUUCAGAUGCUUUUGAGUGAUCGCUUCUUUGGUUUCUACAUGAUCCCAGAUAGUGGCCCAUGGAAUUACAACUUUAUGGGAGUGAAGCAUACUCCAACCAUGAAAUAUGGAGUGAAGCUGGGAACUCCAAGGGAGUACUAUCAUGAAGACCAUCGGCCAGGACAUUUCAUUGAUUUCAGCAACAUGGAAGAUGACACCGCAGAAGCUGACCGAGAGGAUACAUUUUCAUGA